AAACAACCUGACCCUGGGCGAAGGGAAGGUGUAGGGAGUAAAGAGUGGACAGCUGGGGCGUAAUCACACUCACCGUCCCUCGCACAAGACGAGGGAACUUGGGGAGGCGGCGGUGAUACGGCAGCGGCUAAGGACUCUGGAGUGGGUGCGGAGGAUUUCCACUUCACGAUAAAGAGAGGCUUGAGAAAUGGUUGCGGAAUAUGAAGCGAGAUUCCUGGACUCCAAGUAAGCACCAGCUCCUCUGCAGUGACCAUUUCACCCCCGAUUCCCUGGAUGUGCGAUGGGGCAUACGGUACUUGAAAAAUACUGCUGUGCCAACGAUUUUCUCUUCCCCAGAUGAUGAGGAAAAAGAUUCUUCUCAGAACAGUCCACAACAGGUACAGAAAGAAAGCAAGGAAGAAACAAAUGUUGUGUCAGAGAAAGCAUCUGUACCACUUGAACCUUGUACACCAAAGAAAAAUUCUGUAAUUGCACAAAAUGUAGACAAAAAAGCAGAAGUGGUUUGUUCAACUGCACUGAGUAAACCUUUACAAAUUCAAGACCUGCAGCUUCCAAAUGAAGGUGGCUUUCUGGCAGACAGUGUCAUUCUUGAUAGUUCAUCUACACAGUACAUACAUCAGCCUAAUCCUGUUUUAAUGACAGCAGCAGUCCAGGGCAUGGAAGCUACCAGUGUUCAUACUUCUGUAGAGGAUUCAGGAGGUUGUAAAGCUACAGUCCUGCAAUUUACAGACCCUGACUACUUGAAUUCGUCUCUGAAACUGGACAGUGCUUUAGGGUUGGUUACUGACUAUGCAGUUGAAAAUUCUGUCCCUCACGUGGUCUGUUCUAGUGAAGUGCAGACAAGUGAAGAUGCAGUUUUACUGAGUACAGUCACACAAACUAUUGAACAGUUCACUGGAAGUGAAGAGUCUGUCAUUGCUAUUAUUAUGCCAGCUGAGAAUCCAGAAGAGCCUGAAAGAGUAAAUAGUUCUUUGCUGCCUGUUAAUGAAGAGUUUCUUGACAUAGAGGAGACAGAAGUGAUUGAAUAUGACAGAAAUGAAAUACUGCAGACUGAGCAUUCAUACUGCAGACAAGACAUAGACAGAGAUCAUCUUUGGCAAAAUAUUUCAAAACUCCACUCUAAGAUAACUUUACUUGAAAUGCAGGAGGUAAAAACUUUGGGGAGACUCAGGUCCUUGGAAGCUCUUAUUAGGCAAUUGAAGCAAGAAAACCUGCUUUCUGAAGAAAAGCUGAAGAUGGUAGAAAACUACUUUACAACACUCGAAGUGACUAUGAUACAGUAAAGGCUUUCAACUGAUGGUUCUAGAAUAUCUUUUUAGUGUCUUUGACUGUACUUCUGGACAAAUUAACUUUUUUUUCCUAUUGUGUUUUAAAUAUCUAAUGGAAACUGUGUGAAUAGCAAAUAUUCUUUAAAGUGUUGCACCAACCAAAGCUAAGUGGUAGAAUGUUGUCUGUAAAACAUGACUGGCAAGAAAUAUUAAAAAAAAAAACCAAAACACUGAAUUGGGCGAAGUUUUCUUAAGUCUGUGAAUCAAGUCAGUAAAAGAUAAUUUAACCCUUUCUUAGCUGCAGGCUUCUUUUAAACUCACAGUGCCUGGGUUUGGGACAGCAGUGGAAUGGACAGAAUAAGCAUAUAGGAUAAACAAUUAUACAUAUAUAUAUAUGCAUUGUCCAGUGAGGCCAAAAUUGCUCUUUAGUUUUCUGUUCAUCUAACAUUUCUUUUGAUAGUUUUUUUGUACACUUUGACCUUAUUAAAACUGUUUUUGCA